GUGAGCGAGAGAGGAGGCGAGGCGGGACAGAGGCCACCGCUAGCCCCCGGAAGAGCAGAGGCAGUCUGGAAGAGAGUGUGAAGAGGAGGAGACGUCAGUCCCGCAGCCCCAGUGUCGAAAUCAUCUAUGAAGGCAUGACCGUGACCACUGCUAGCCCCUUACGACCCAAACACAAUCACAAACGCGACGGCAAACACCGGAGAAAACAACGUCACGACCGCACCCUCCAACGCUCUCCCAUGGUCAUCACUAUAGACAGCGACAGCGACAACAAACACACGGUCCAAACGACCAGUCUGGAAGAUGACCGCGCUCUGGAUUUCUCUGAUCGUUCUUUGACCGUGCCUGGUCUUCCACUAGGCGGCCACAACCUGGACGUGGGGGUUGAUAUCAGUGAUUUUGCGGUCGAUGUUCUCGACCGUUCUCUGAGCGUUUCGGACCAUAACUCGGACAUUGACCACAAUGACGGAAUCGACCAUAAAACGGAGCUCGAUGACGACUGUGUGGUUGACGUUUCUGGCAACGUCAAGGACCGCGUUCUGAACACAAACACUAAUGCAAAUGCGGUCGACCGUCCCCAGGACGCAGACCGUUAUGUUCUCCCCCAGGUCAAUCUUACCUGUGACCCUGGGGUCGCAACCUCUGACUCUCAUCUCCUAGCGACCAUCCUACAGGACCUAGAACACAUCACGCUCCCUAACCUGACCUUUUUCCCCAACCUGAACCCAGACCCUAACCACAGCCGUAAUUCAACCACACCGGAGAACGCCAGGGAGAACGCCAGGGAGAACGCCUGGCCGGCCAGAGAGAACACACCAACUCCCUGGUCCUCUGAGGGAGAGACUAACUUCAACAGCCCUGUUUCACCUAGAGCCAAUCACUCUCCGAGUUCUGAAUCAUUCACAGACUACCACUCUGCUAGUCCUAUAUCUCCUGUAGGUCACCCUGCUGGUCCUAUAUCUCCUGUAGGUCACCCUGCUAGUCCUAUAUCUCCUGUAGGUCACCCUGCUAGUCCUAUAUCUCCUAUAGGUCACCCUGCUAGUCCUAUAUCUUCUGUAGGUCACCCUGCUGGUCCUAUAUCUCCUGUAGGUCACCCUGCUAGUCCUAUAUCUCCUGUAGGUCACCCUGCUGGUCCUAUAUCUCCUGUAGGUCACCCUGCUAGUCCUAUAUCUCCUGUAGGUCACCCUGCUGGUCCUAUAUCUCCUGUAGGUCAUCCUGCUAGUCCUAAAUCUCCAAUAGGUCACCCUGCUGGUCCUAUAUCUCCUGUAGGUCACCCUGCUGGUCCUAUAUCUCCUGUAGGUCACCCUGCUAGUCCUAUAUCUCCUGUAGGUCACCCUGCUAGUCCUAUAUCUCCAGUAGGUCACCCUGCUGGUCCUAUAUCUCCUGUAGGUCACUCUGCUGGUCCUAUAGGUCACUCUGCUGGUCCUAUAGGUCACUCUGCUGGUCCUGUAGGUCACUCUGCUGGUCCUGUAGGUCACUUUGCUGGUCCUGUAGGUCACUCUGCUGGUCCUGUAGGUCACUAUGCUAGUCCUAUAUGUCCUAUAGGUCACUCUGCUGGUCCUGUAGGUCACUCUGCUGGUCCUGUAGGUCACUCUGCCGGUCCUGUAGGUCACUCUGCCAGUCCUGUAGGUCACUCUGCUGGUCCUGUAGGUCACUCUGCCAGUCCUGUAGGUCACUCUGCUGGUCCUGUAGGUCACUCUGCUGGUCCUAUAGGUCACUCUGCUGGUCCUAUAGGUCACUCUGCUGGUCCUUUAGGUCACUCUGCUGGUCCUGUAGGUCACUCUGCCGGUCCUGUAGGUCACUCUGCCAGUCCUGUACAUCACAACUCUAGUGCAGUAUCACCCAUUGUCCACCAUUCUAACAGUCCUUUAUCAUCACCCAUAGCUGGCUCUAUAUCGGUAGAAAACCCCCGCUUACCUUCAAGCACUGGGUCAUCUGUAUCGGCCAGUCCUGUAUCGGCCAGGCAUGAUCAAGAGGGGCCUGUAUCGGCCAGGCAUGAUCAGGAGGGGCCUGUAUCGGCCAGGCAUGAUCAGGAGGGGCCUGUAUCGGCCAGGCAUGAUCAGGAGGGGCCUGUAUCGGCCAGGCAUGAUCAGGAGGGGCCUAUACACUAACACGGUAUACAGCACUGACUGAUCACCUGGACACACACUAUUACAUGAACUGCCCCACACACACACACACACACACACACACACACACACCAUGUGAAUAUGCUGAGGUUGUUUCACGUUAUUUGAUUUGAAACCUGUUGUCUUCUACAAAAUGGACUCUUGAAUGAAACUCUUUCUGCAGGAAAAAAACUAAUAAAAUCACAUUUGACGAUAAA